AUGAUCCUUACUGUUGAGAAAUUCAAACAAAUUAUUAAUCAACCGCUUUAUAACUACAUACUCAACCAGAUUUGCGCCCGUUAUUUCGAGAAUCCAACUCAACCAUUUCCUUCUGACCUUAUUGAGACUAUUUUCACUGAAAUCAACCAGUACAACUUCGAAUUCGCUUCGGAAGUUCUAAACAAGUCCGUAAUGAGCAGGGCUUCAGAUUCUUUCCUUUAUUUGACAAAUUUAUUUAAUUCGUGUUUAUCAAGCAAUCCAGAGAAAUUUGCCGAUUUAGAUUACCAAAUACUGAUAUCUACGCUCUACCAAUACAUGACAGAGUUCGACGAGACUUCUUUAAGUAUAAUUUCAACAUUAGGCACGAUUAAAGAAAAUCAAUACCUUACAGAGGCCGUUAAAGACCUUCCUUCUAUAAUAUGCCAUAAGAUACAACCGAAAUGCGAAUCGUUCACUCAACCUUCUGAAGAAGAUUUUAUUCAAAUUGAUAUUGACUGUAAAACAAAAGAAUUUUCAUUCUCGCCUGAUCCAACAGAUCUUUUUCCAAAUGGUAUUGAUGAAAUAUCAACCAGUAUCUACGAAACUAAUCUUUCUUUCGAUGAAUUACUUUCAAAUGAGGACAAAAAGAUUUUAAGAAGUAUUAUUGCAUUUCUAAGUCGUAUGCAUGAUUGUUAUUCUGAUGUUUUCUUUGAUUCUUUUGUUGAAGUUGUUGAUAAUUCAAGUUUUAUCAUAUUUUUGUAUAUUUUAGCUUAUAUAAGGAAAGUUAGGAUAUCAGACAAAAUAUUUGUUAAGUUUUUUGUCGUUUUCCAGCCAGGAAUUACUGUUUUCAAGCCGCCAGAAAAUAUUAAUUUUAUUAACUUUUACAGGAAGACAGUUCUCUCUAUACUAUCAAUUCAUGCACCUAUAACUAUUGGAAAAUUGCUAAUUUUGAAUGAGGAACAUCCUUUGUUGUUGGCAGAUAUCAUUGGCAGAAUCAACAACAAGCUUUCAGUUUAUGAUCUGACGAUAUUAACCGAUGAUAAUAUUUUAGGAACUAUUAUAAGGGUGAUUUCAAUGCUAACUCAGCUGAUAUUAAAAGGCAUUGAAGUUGAAGCAUCAAGGAAGGCCAUUGCUACCAUAAUAUAUUACAUAUUUGCAAUUUUAGAGAACAAAUUCGCUGCUGCACGCUGCUUUUUGUCUCCGAUUUUUGCAUCUGGCUUCUUAUCUCGAGUUUUGGAGCCAUCAAUGCAAAAACCAAUCAUCAAUGCUUUGCAUACAUUCCUUACAGAAUACUCCAAUACAGACGUAACUCUUCUACAACCUUUGGUAGAAUUCAUUUGCGGAAUUCUCGGAGUAUGUAGGUCGUUACCUAAAACAGAUAGACUUUCCAGUAUCGUUGUUGACAUGCUCAACUGCGUAAAUGACUCCCUCGCUCAUAAUACUGCAAUUAUAAAUUGCUUCUCACCAAUUUUGCUUCCAGCCACUUAUUUCCUUGUAGAAAAUUCAUCAAAGGACUUAUUACGUGAAGUUUUAUACCUUUCAACCCUUUUGGUUGACGAAACAACGAAAUUUCAUAUUUCAUAUGAAACAGCAACACUUUUAUCAGCAGCAACAAGGGCUGCUGAAUCAGAAAUAGUCUCAGAUGCAACAAUAUGCGGUCUUUUGACAAUUUUAGCAAACUCAAGAGCCGCAUCUCCAAAAGUCAUGUUUUUAAUCAAAGAAUACAACAUGAUAAACGUAUUAAUAUCAGUUCUCAGGAAUGAAAAGCAGUUUAUAGAGAUUAUUGACUUAUUACAACAACUUUGUAAGCAUUCAUUGCAUAAUUGUAGGAUGUGUCAUAAUGGCGAGCUCGAUUUAUUACUUUUAGAGAUAAUUAAGAACCAUGGAAAGGAAUUUACGUUCAGAGGAAUCAAGUAUUCCGUAACAAUUUCAAAAGAGAACGUUGUGAACGUGAUUCUUCCGAUGAUAACGACAAUUUCGUCAUUUGUAUCAUCACCUCAAGUCGUAAUGUCUCUUUUAAGUGUAAUUUCUCCAAGUUCUGACCGUACAUUUUCUGAUUUCGCAAUUUCUGCGAUGAAAGAGAUCGGAUCUACAUUAAGCUUAGUUAUGCAGUCACCAAAACUCAUAACACCGCUCGGAGAUCCUUUUACUUACUUAGAUAUCACAGGAGUUACGAAUAAGCACAUUCACGGCGGUUUUACUUUACAAUUUUACAUUCAAAAUGAUGUUCCCGCCGCAUUAAUGAGUACGAGAUGCCCACAGAUCAUACAGAUAAAUGACACAGGAGAUUUAAUAUUUAGACUGCAUUUAAGUGGAAAUUCAAUUAUUUGCAACAUUUGGUCGGCAAACAGACUAAGCUAUGCAGCAUUAGCAUCCAAUUUGCCAUCAUGCACAUGGUUUGUCGCAACAAUUGCUGUCAAUAACGACGGAAAAGACUCAAAUGUCAGUUUUUAUGUAAAUGGCAAGCAAGUAAACUCAUAUUCCGUUAAUUUAUACAACUUCCACGAAGGAAACCUCGGAAUAAAGAUCGGCGGAGUCUCACAGAACGACGAUGACAGUUUAUUUGAUUGUCGACUUGGAGAUGUAUGGUUCUUUGGCGAAUGUUUAGACAAAAGAACGAUCUCUGAACUCAAUAUGAUCGGCGCUAGGGCAAGCGAUGUCGGUUCUUACGCUAUUUUCAGUUAUCCGAAAUCCGUAAUUGCCAGUGGCGUUGAUAUAAAGCUUAACAAAGGUCCUAUUUAUUCUCAGAACUCCAUAUUGGAUAUGUUCACCCAGAGAAUUACCGAUCUAGUACCUUUCUUUGACUACAUGGACACAAUGCCAAACCAUUUCCCACCACAGUUGAUAGAUCUGAUACAAUGCAUAGUUCCCUCACUUACCGAAUCAGAUACCGAUAUAUUCCACUUGAUAUCAAACCUAUUGUUAAAUGCUCCUUACUCAAAGUUAACUUACGGUUUGUAUCAAAAAUUCUUUGCAGUCAUUGAAAAAAUAAACUGCACAAAAAUUACGGAAUCAUUAAUUUCCAAUAUAUUGUUCAAUCCUGAAUUAUGGUGUUGUUCCGAACCGAAAGAACUGACAAGAAUUGUUUCUCACUGGAGUAAUUCUUUGUUUACAAGUUCUCCGAGUAUUUUCAUGCGUGUUGUUCCUAUUUCUACUGUUUUGGCAGUGAUGAGAAUGUAUUUCUACUACCAGCCAAUAGAAAUAGAAAUAAUAAGAGCUUUCAACACCAGAAAAAGACCUCAGAACUUAGAUAUCGAAUUUUGCCGUCAAAAUUUGUCAAGAUUGGUUUAUUCGAUGUCACUUUUUAAGUUUACUACCAAAGAUGCGAUUUCUAUUAUUAGUCAUUGUUCUACAUGUGCUGAUAUACAGCAAUCCAUUAAUUUGAUGAGUUUGUUGACAGAUAUUUGCAAGAACAACAAAAUUGAUUUUCCUCCACAUGUUUCUAAAUUAGUUUAUCAUCAAUUGAAGCUAAAUUCGGAGGAAAGAUUUGUCACAGCCAUCAAAUUACUGUAUGCCAUGAAUACAAAGGAUUUCUACUUAGUUCAUAUCAAUGCAAUUGUUUCUUUGUUGUCUGGAAAUUAUAUUACAGAAAAAUUAUAUGAAAAUUUAUUACAAAUUUUCAAUAAUCAUCAUUUAAUUUAUCCAUUGUUAAUUAUCAUUGCAAACACUUUGUAUAAGUCUGAUGAGUUCGCUGAACAAAUUAAAAAUAUAGAGUUCAGUUACGAAGAAGCGAAUUUGAUGAUACAACAUGAUUUGUGGUGUUUUUGGUUGAUUUUAUUAGUUGUUAAUGGCGAAAGCAAAACAAAACAAAUUGUUACUGAUAUAAUUGUUAAAAUAUUCUUCGUCAAUCCACAGAUUAAUUUCAUUGACGACAUAUUAAUAAUUAUUGAUUUGUUUGCAAAUAUAACUGAUUUCGGAAUUGAAGAAUUUGGCAGAAAUUUGUGUGAAAAAAUUGUUCCUUUAGUUGGAUCCAUAGAUUCCUCAAAACUCCAUGCAUUGUUUAUCAAAAGAUGUAUCAAGUAUUUGUUCUUUAGAAUCAAUGGUUCAAACACUACUGAUGGUUUACAAAAUUUGUUUGAAUUGUCACCUUUUUCUUUAUUUGAUGUUACAAAUUCUGUUUCACAAUUCAUCAGGGAUCAGAGACUAUUAAAUAUAGAUGACAUCAGAGAAGCGUUUGUCAAUUUAUCUAUACAAGAUUACAAGUUCAUGUUGAGGAUCGAUGACAAUUGUUUAAUUCAAGAUAAAGAUUUAUUCGCUGCAACAAUGGCUUUGUUACAAAAUUUGCCAGUUUUGGAUGAUGACAUGAAAUUCUGGGUGAAAUACCUCACGUUUUUGAAUGAAAAGAAUAAGAGAAGUCCGCAAUUGAUACUAGAACUCAAUGAGUAUCUUCCUGCUUUCUAUGAAUCAAUGAACAAACAGUUCCAAAUCGGUUUGCAUAACUUCAAAAACAUAAUUAAUAAAAAUUUGGAAACAGGAAACGUUCAAUGUGCCACUUCACUUUUGUCAUUAAAGACACGUGAUAUUGGAUUAAGUUCAUUUGAUAUCGAUGUCUACACGCAACAGAUAAAUAUAAGUGAACACACAGCGAAUAGACAAAUAAGAAGAUAUUCAAGACAAAAUAGCUACAUGUCACAACCAUGGAGUGGUUUGACAAAGACGAAAGUUCUUUCCAGGUCAUUCUCUUACUGUCCUUCUUUAAGCCAGCCAAUAAUGAAAAUACCAUCAUCUAAAAAUUACUUAAACGGUGACAAAAUCAAAAAUUUGCCAGAAAAUGACGAUGUAAAGCAAUUUAAUUGUUUACAUGUCAGAAUUAAAGGUGAUGAAACAUGUGUUUUCCAGAUUUGGCCUGACCGCGUCAUGCUUAUCAAAAUAGACAAAGUUAUACAGAUACCAAUGAAAGAAGUUUUGUGUGUUUUGGUAAGAAACCGUUUACACCGAUCAAAUUCAAUUGAAAUUUUCUAUGCCGACCAAAAGAGUAUUUUACUUGAUUUCACGCCUGUUUUGUUAUCAGAAGUUUUACCACAUUUCAUGAGAUAUCAAGUUAAAAGUGUCCAAGUUGUUUCGAUGCAAAAUUACUUCCCUCAAUUGUCAUUCACGAAAAUGUGGAUUAACAGGGAAAUUUCGAAUUUCGAGUACUUGAUGAGAUUGAAUUUGUUCACAGGAAGAAGUUACCAUGAUAUGAGUUUGUAUCCGAUCUUUCCAUGGGUUUGUUUAGAUUUCGAUUCUGAAAAAUUAGAUUUUAAUAAUCCAGCAAUUUUCAGAGAUUUCACGAAAUCUAUUGUUGAUCAAAAUGGUUUCAUGUACAUGACCAGUCCUUCUAAUCCUACUGUUGUUAAAUACUUCCUUGGAAAAGUCCCUCCUUUCGAUGUUUCUUUCGAAAAGACAAAAUUCGAUUUAGGAAAAUUCGAAUCUUUGAAACAAACAAUCGAAAAAAUCAAGGAAGGAAUGAACUCCGUUGAAAUCACUCCUGAAUUCUUCUUCUCACCAGAAUAUUUUGCAGGAAUUGAACUUCCUAAAUGGGCGAAGAACGAAUUCGUUUUUGUUUACUACAAUAGAAAACUUUUGGAGUCAGAAUAUGUCUCACAAAAUCUCAAUAAUUGGAUUGAUUUAAUUUUCGGAUACAAACAAAAAGGAUUUAAUGGAACAAACAUAUAUAAUCCUGUUCUUUUCGAAGACGUGUGGCAGAAUUGGACUGAUACGAAGAGCGAUGUCAUUAUGAACACUCUUAAAACUGCAGGACACAUGCCUCCAAUGAUAUUCAGUCAGCCACAUCCUCAAAGAAACAGUUUUGUCAGAAAUGUUUCGUUAACGGUUCCUUUCAAUUAUACUUUAGAAAGAAGUGACAUGAUAUCUGUUAGUUUGGUUUAUACAAGCAGCGAAAUGUUGACGUAUAUUGCAUUGUGCAGCGAUGGAGAUAUUGUUAAGUUUACUGUAAAUAUCGAAACACCACAGAAAUCAAACACUUUCAUUUAUAACACCAAAAUUUCUGUGAAAGAAAAUCAUUUAUUUGCUGCAUUGAAACUAUUGAAAUCUUUGGCAGUCGUUGAUGGAGAAAAAGGACAAAUUUAUAUUAUCAAUGAGAAGGUCAUUGAAGAAUACAAUGUUGGAGCUUUCAACAUGAGACAUUCUGCAUCAGAUCAGAACUCAAUUUUGAUCUGUUCAAGACAAAGUGAAAUGAAUUUGUUCAAAACUUCUUCACCUCAACUCAAGCAAUUGGCUGGGGUUUUCUCUGAUUAUGCAGUAACUGUAACAUUGAGUGAAGGUUACUCUAUCUAUGUGUGUGCAAUGAAGAAUGGUUCAAUUAUAUGUAACUCGUUUACAAACAGUUUCCUUUGGUCGACAGAUAUAAAUAAUGUUGCCAAAAAAUUGUUGAUUACGAGAUUAUGGGGAUUCAUUUUGUGCCAAUGCCAGAAGGAGUUAGUUCUAUUGUCCGUGAAUGGAAAGAUUAUCAAUAGAUGCGAUAUUGAUUUUGUUGUUUCUUGCUGGUGCUGUUGGGAAGAAAACGGCGCUGAUUACAUUGCAAUUGCUGAUGACAAAGGAAGAAUCAGAGUUUUCGAAGCUUUUACUUUGGAAAUGAGUGAUAUAAUAUUCAACUGUAGAUGCCAGGUUUUGUCGAUCAACUACGUGAAGGAAAUGUCUGUGUUUAGUAUUAUUACACAGGAUGGACAUUGCAGAUUGUUACCAAGAGAGCUUUGUCCAAAUAUAUAUUACCCAGAUUUUCCUUACUUUUACCACCCCUCUAAAGCUGGGGACACCGCCUAUCGUUGGGAGUAG